AUGGAAGAUUCGACAGUACUGCGGUUGAAGCGCAGAAGGGUUCUUGCCAGAAUCAAGGGAAAAGGCGCUGCCGACCGCCCAACCAGCGCCGACGCUGGCCCUCCCUCUACGAGCCCUGCCCGUGCGACUCAAAAGGUUUACGCUGCAAGCCAGGGCGUUGCAUCGGCCCCAGGCGAAUGGCUGGAGGGUUGGUUGUCCGGCCUGAUUGGCGUUCCGGACCCGAUCGCCCGUUCGCAGACGUUAAACAAUGCUAAUUCUCGCGUGAGAAAACUGGAGCAGGCCAGCCCCGAUGGCAAAAAAUAG